AUGGCGGAGGAUCAAUCUGCUGGAAUUGGCGCGCAAAUUGGCAGCGCUAUCAAAAAUAAACUGGCGGAUUCCAUAAGAAAUAUGGAUGUAUUAAGUAUAAUACAAAAUAUCGUGGCCACUACACCAGAGGAUGAGGAAUCCGAAGAAAUUAGAGAGAAGCUGCAGGGCGUGCUGAGGCAGUAUAAUGAAAUGCCGGAAAACGAGAAGGUUCAAUUUGCAAACCAAUUAAAGGAGGCUCUAGCGACGAAAUUACAAAGAAAAUUACAGGACACGCCUAUAAAUUUAACCGGUUUGGAUGAAGCUAUAAGUCAGGCUAUUAUGUUCAAACUUUAUCUAGUCGGUGCCGGCGUGUUACUUUUAAUAAUGGUUAUCGUGUUCUUCGGAUACAAACUCUAUAAAUCAAUAAAGGAUAAGGAGAAGAAGCGAGAGGAGAAAAAGAAAGCGAAACAGAUGAAGAAAAAGAAAUGA